AUGCCUCCUACGCCUUGCAACCGAUGUCAGAAUAACAGGGCCGUCGUAAAGCGGCCCAAGAAUCACCACAAGCUAUGCCGAGAGUGCUUCCUCAGAGUCUUUGAGGAUGAAGUACACCACACAAUCACCUCCUCUCAACUCUUCUUCCGAGGAGAGAGGGUUGCCAUCGGAGCCUCGGGUGGAAAAGAUUCGACAGUCUUGGCCUCUGUGAUGAAAACUUUGAACGAACGGCACGACUACGGACUGAACCUGGUACUUUUGAGUGUUGACGAAGGCAUCAAGGGAUACCGAGAUGAUUCACUCGAAACGGUUAAGCGGAAUGCCGUUCAAUACGACAUGCCCUUGGAGAUUGUGGGCUACGACGAGCUUUAUGGAUGGACUAUGGACCAGGUUGUCGAGACCAUCGGAAAGAAGGGAAACUGCACCUACUGUGGCGUAUUUCGACGGCAGGCCCUGGAUCGAGGGGCAAAGAAGCUGGCCAUCAAGCACGUCGUAACAGGUCACAACGCAGACGACAUCGCCGAGACUGUUCUCAUGAACCUUCUUCGAGGAGAUUUGCCGCGGUUAGCUCGGAGCACCAGUAUCGUCACUGGCGAUUCCAACAGCGACGUGAAGAGGAGCAAACCUCUCAAGUACGCAUACGAAAAGGAGAUUGUGCUCUACGCCCACCACAAGAAGCUGGACUAUUUUAGCACUGAGUGCAUAUACAGCCCAGAGGCCUUCCGUGGAACGGCUCGAGGCCUCAUCAAGAAUCUUGAAAAGGUUCGGCCAAGUGCAAUCCUGGACAUUGUCAGAAGCGGGGAGGACAUGGCCCGGCUCACACCAGAGAAGAACCGGGGUCCAUGUGCCUGCGACGAAGGCGAAGGAAUUGGAGGCUGCGGAUCAGCCAACGGACGCACCUCUGGCAACGAGAUGGCCGAAGUUGAGGCUAGCCUCAAGAAGAAGGCCAACCACAAGGCCCAGGAGACAGAGAUCACGGCCAACGGAACUCCCAAGGAGGAGGAGGCAGUGGCCUUGCCAAUAAGGACUAGGCGGCAGAAGGAGGCUACGCCAUUGCAGACUCUGGGCAAGUGUGUCAAGUGCGGAUACAUGUCAAGUCAGGCAAUGUGCCAGGCUUGCACACUGCUUGAGAACCUGAAUAAGAACAGAGCAGAGAUAGCCAUAUAA